AUGUGCAUCACAUAUGAUGAUGGCGCUCACUACUAUCCAUGUCCGGUUCCAUCAUGUGACUACAGCAGUGAAAGUCGUUCUGCUAGGAAUUAUCACCUGAGGGUUGAUCAUGCUGGCUACGAUUAUCAAAAUGCUGCGCAGGGGUCAUCUGGACCGGGCACGUCUCGGCAGGUCACUCGUAAGACCACGCGUGAAGAUGCGAACAGAAAAGAAGCUGCUUCUCGCAAAGUACCCACCACGAGCUCACAAGGCGUUAAAAUUGAGUCGGAGCUUGACGAUCUACAUCCUUUCGAAGCCGCUGGUGUUUCUCGUAUAGACGACUACCAUCACGUCGACUCCAGCGAUGCUUAUUCGGAGAUAGAAGAAUUUGAAGAGGGCGGACGCUAUGACCUCUCACACUAUAGUGGAGUUGAUGUUUACGCGGAAGAGAAAUUUGAUAGCAAUUUUGUCCCGACACCGCAUGUAAAUCGCAGAAGAGGUCGACCGAAGAAUCCUCCUGGCACUGAACCCGCUCCAAAUUCCAAGAUUCGUGUGAGCGAUCCAAAUGGAAAGUACAAAUGUUACAUGCCAGACUGUGAUUGGAGAGGCGCAUAUAGAUCACUUCGUUGCGAUCACAUGAAAUGGUGCCAUAAGGAUUGGGUGAUGCCU